AUGGGCGCCAAGCACUCGUCCGAGGAGGCGUGGGAGCGCGAGAGCAGGACGGACCUGUGCUGGGAGCAGGUGCAGGAGGGUCUGGCGCACGCGGUGGACUUCAGCUGGGCGCAGAUCAAGCAGCUGCACCAGCGCUUCCGGCUGCUGAGCGGCGACCAGCCGGAGCUGCGGCCCGAGGGCUUCGACGGCGUGCCCGACCUGGCGAGCAACCCGCUGCGCGCGCGCAUCGUGCACGCCUUCUUCGACAACCGCAACCUGGGCAAGGGCUCGUGCGGCGUGUCCGAGGCCAUCACCUUCCAGGACUUCCUGGGCAUCAUCGCCUACUUCCGGCCGUCGCUCGUGCGGGCGGAGGCGCCGCCGCGCGACAAGAUGCGCUUCCUGUUCAACCUGUACGACCAGGACGGCGACGGGCUCAUCACGCUGCAGGAGUACCGCCGCGUGCUGGAGGACCUGCUGUCGGCCGCCAACCCGCGCGAGGACGGCGCCAGCGUGCGCGCCAUGGCCACGAACGUGGCGGGCGGCGCGCUCCGGGAGGCGGCCCGCGCGUCCGAGCACCCGCCCGAGGACGGCGAGUCCUACCCGGGCAUCACCUUCGAGGACUUCGUGCGGACCUGGAGCGGCAUCGACCUGGAGGUCAAGAUGCAGGUCAGCUUCCUGAACCUGGAGGCGCUGUGCAAGUGA